AUGGCCACUCUGUCGGGAGUAGAGAGACGGCAGAUGGACUGGAUGUCCGUCCUGAUCAACAAGCAGCCAUUUCUUCCCUACGGCAACUAUGACGGACCGCCACAGAAGAAGAGGAAGACCACCGAGCCAUCAUCCUCAGCAGAGCCAUCAGCCUCACCAGCACCUCCUGUGCCUUGGAUAGUGGCAAAGUUUGACGGUCGCGAUCCUGGGCCACCUCCUCUAGACACACCAGAGCCUGAGCCCCAGACUAAGGAGCCAGCAGCAGAGGAGCCAGCAGCUGAAGUAGGCCAGGCAGAUGAAACUCUGGAGCAGAUUGGAGCAGAGGCCACAGUAGAAGAGCCUACAGAUCAUAUGGUUGAGGAGCCAGCAGUUGUAGCCGAGCCAAUUGUUGAGACCAUAUCAGAGCCAGCUGGGCAAACAUCUGAGGAGCAUAGACCCGAGCCCGCUAGCCAUCCAUCCACCAACAUCAUCGUCUACCACCGUUGUCACCACCCACAACUGCCAGACGGUGGAACUUCGUAG